ACAGAAUAUGUUUUAGUCAAGUAUGGGAGACAGGAAAGGUUAGUUACUCAUUUUGUCAGGGAAUCAAAGGGGAUCCCUUGUCAUUGUUUGAGUUGGAAUGAAUAUGUACAGCCUUGAUUGGAAUGAAUCAUUGAUGCUGAAGUUUUUCCAUUAUUAAGGUACAAACCUAUGCAUUAUUUAACGCAUGAGCUUGUGUUCCUGUCCCUGACCCCCACUGCACAUCCAGGUUAUUAGGGCAUUGUAUUGGGCCACUUUAGAAAACAGUGAGAUAUCGCACCCCUUCACUCAAAAGCAACAAUUGUACUUUUUAUUUUUAUUUAUUUACUUAUUUUAAUAAGUGAAACACAAAAGUGAAAGUCAGAGAAUGUUAGAUACUGUCAGUCUCCGUCAAGAUUCAUUGGGAUUUUGUUUAUGGACAUACACCAUGAAUGGUGAUUGAGACUAACUUUUUAGUAAAAACAAAAAAAGACACAAAAAGAAAAUCAAAUGGUGUUGGUAUUUAAUAACAUAUGGAUGAGUAAAUACUGACUUUUUGUCAUAUUUUAUGUCAUGUUUUUGGGUAUACUGUACAAGUUUCCUUAUGCGACCCGGUUUAAAUGAUUCAAGUUUCUUUGAGGUAAAACGGUGAAAUCAGUUCGUAAUCCGCACACGUCUUUAAAACCUUGGUAAUACUGUAGUGAAAUAUUAUGUAAUAAAUGUAUUAGAUGAGCCUUGGGGCGGGCGGACGACAUGUUUCUAAAUUUAGACAAUAGUGCGUUAAUCACACUGGACAGUAGGAGUUUUAUUAUCAGAGGUAAAAAGGAAAAUAAUGCAACGAAGGUAAUACAAGGAUAGUCAUAGUUUAAAACGUGUUGGAUUACGACCAAAUGUGACAGCUGCGUUUCUGAGUAACACGAUUUUUUUAAUGAUACUUGAACCGAUUCACAAAACCCGUUCACAAGGCGGAUGAGAGAUGAAAUGAUAGGCUACAUAAAACAAGCUCUGAAAAUGUUUCUAUGACAUUUUUAUCGAAGCAAAUGCGAAACCAUUCAUUUAAAUAAAUUAAAAAAUCUAUACACAAGCAAAAAGCAGACAGAUGUUAAUGAUUUUUGUACAGUUUAAUGUAAAUUAAUGUUCUAAAAUACUUUUUUGAGCUGAAUCCUAGCUGCAACCAACUGAACUGGCACAAUAAAAUAAAUAAUAAACAGCAAUAUGUAGCCUACUACCUAUACGUAACUUUUGGAACGUUUAGAGAAUGCAAUUAUUAUUUUUAUACGAUCAAGUUAUGACCUACAGUCUAUGGUUAUGACGUAAAAGAAUCGCUUUUUUUAACCGGUUCUUUUAAACCAGUUCGAAAGAACCGAUUCGCGGAAAUGAGUCUUCCCAUCACUAGUGCUUUACGCAUGUUGGUGUGGAGCCGGACUGAAUAACUGAGAAAGAAGAUUGUUGUCAUUUACUAAAAGAGCCACGUUUUUUUUUCUUUCUUUCUUUUUUCUGUAUUUUUAGUGGAGGAAAGAAAUAAAGUAAUCACUUUAAAUGACUCGAUGUUCCACGCAUUCUGUGUAAUAGCCUACUAGUAGUACGAUUUUAAUUUUUCCUUUGCAAAGACUUCUUCUUUCGUGCAGUUAUCUGUGUUAUCGCGUGUGUGAGCGUUUUUGGGUUUUAGUUUUAUGGCGAUUAAAUGCUUCUGACAGACAUUUCAGCUGCACUGCGAAUAUUCUGCCCAUCUGUAAAAGUCUGGUUUGCCGUCUUGAUACAGAAACGGAUGCGUUUAUGACAGGGAUCUCGUUCCUCUCCCGUAGAAAGCUGAGGAUCCGUUAAUCGACGCAAGCACAAUCCCGGACAACACUUUCGCCCUCUGAAGAGCUCCAGUCAGCUCUCUUGAAGCGGUCAUCACAUCAUGUUGCCGUCCAUCGCGUUGUUUUUACUCUUUCUGUCUCCGUCGAGGAGCUCGAGACUGUGUAGUCUCCUCUGCCGGUGCUAUGAACACUCAGACCUGGUGGACUGCCACGCCAGGGGUUUUGAGGACGUCCCACAUGGACUUCCCCGUGGCACCUGGCUCCUAGACCUGGGAGGAAACCAGCUUAGGGAGAUCCGGAGUCGAGCUUUUGCUGGCCUUUGGUCUUUGCGUAUAUUAGUGCUCUCUGACAGCAGCAUCCAGGCUCUUCAAACACAGGCUUUUUUCUCUCUGUCCUUCCUGGAGAAGCUAGACAUGAGCCGUAAUAACCUCACUCAGAUCCCUCCUAACUUCUCAGAGAGCCUGUCUUCUCUGCGUGAGUUGCGUCUGGACCACAAUGCACUGGUUCUGUUGAAAACUUCAGGCUUUGAACAUCUGGAGAACCUUGAGAAGCUGGACCUCAGCCAAAAUCGUAUCCGAUCUCUUGAACCAGGUGCGUUCCGUGGCCUGUCCCGUCUGCGCCACCUUUACCUCCAAGGGAACCUCCUGGGUGCUGUGCGAGACAGAUCCUUCACCAUGCUGCCUGCCCUGGAAGUUCUGCUCCUGGGGAAUAACAACAUCUCUCGGAUCGAGGUCAAUGCACUAGCACCAUUACACAGUCUGUCUCUUAUGGGUUUGGAGGGGAAUCAUCUGCAACAUCUAAACUUCAAGACGUUCCUGAGCUUGCACACGGCUUCAACACACCUGCAGCUGGCUGGGAACCCUUGGAACUGUGACUGCGACCUGCACCGUGUCUUCAGCAAGCUGCUCAGUGUGCGGCACCUCCACGUGGACGACUAUCGCAACGUAACUUGUCAGGAGCCUUGGCAGCUCGCCGGAGCAUCUUUGGCUUGGGUGGACAGCCAGUUGUGUGUGGCUGAGACUGUUACUGUGUUAGUCAUCACCGCUACUGUGAUUGUGACUGUUUUUGGUGCCUUGAUCAUGGCGGAGAGAAAACGCAAGAAACAAAAAUACUGGGAACAGAAUGAGGGGGAAGCACAAGAGUAAGGUGAUUUCGCAUGAGAUUAGGACACUUUACUUCUCUUUUGGACUAUAAAAACACAGAUAAAUCGCCUGAUUUGACUUUUUUUCCCAACAAAGAACAGAUACACAGAUUCAGUGAGAACCUGGACUGAUACCAUGAGUUCUGAGUUGAUGUGGUGAGGACAAAUUUAACUCUUAAGAUGCAGUACACAAACUUUGAACAGAAGUAUUUGAUAACUUAGAUCUGAUAGAAAGUUUUGUAAUCUAGGAUGCAUUCAGAUUAGAAUCUGUGCUAGAUAACCAAUUAGUUGUGUAUUAUGUGUUAUAGGUUAUAAUACUGUGUACAGCAGCUUCUUGCAGACAUAAUUUCUUUGCCACUUGCAAACUCUUGUCAAAAGCUAAAUGUUUUAGAACAGCAAAAUGUUUUUUUUUUUUUUUUAAGAAGUCUCAGCCAUUCACCAAGGCUACAUUUAUUUGAUCCAAAAUACAGCAAAAGCAGUAAUAU